GGUUACUGGGUAGCUGAAUGAAACAACAACAAUCCAGCAGACAACGAUCAAAAGUCAUUGAUUAUUUUAAUAACGGUCAGGCAUCAGUUACCAUAUAAAAGCAGGGGUUCAGCCGUUUCCUGGUCUGGAGCGUACAGGUGUGUGUAAACACAAGAGAAACAGCCAUCGCUGUCCAUCAACCUGGAAGGAGUUCAUUUGUUCCGCCACACCAGUUCCUUGAUGUGAUAAAGAGAAGUAAGCAGCAGCGAGAAGUGCCACAACACUCGACCUCUGUGGUCCAAGGACAGGGACGUGUGUGAUUUGACAUGCCUGUGAGAGGAUUCCCACCCUAGGCAGCGCACAGCCAACCAUGGAGCAGCAAGCCUGGAUUCUGAGGAGCAUCCUGACCCAGCUGGAGGGCCAGGAGGCUGCAGGGGAGGAGGACCCAAACAAUAUUGCUGUUGAGUUUCUGAGGUUGAAAAGUCAGUCAUCAAUGUAUCGCAGUGACAAGACGUUCUCUACUAAGACGGCAGAAAUGCAGGAAAACAUCAAGAAGAACCGAUACAAGGACAUUGUUCCCUUUGAGCACACCAGAGUGAAGCUCACGCUCACCUCCUCUAAGAAAGACUCAGACUACAUCAAUGCUAGCUUCGUUAAGGGAGUAUUCGGGUCCAAAGCUUACAUCGCCACUCAGGGUCCACUUCCACUCACGCUGGUGGACUUCUUAAGGAUGCUUUGGGAAUUUAACAUUCAGAUUAUUGUGAUGUCCUGUCGAGAAUUUGAGAUGGGGAAGAAAAAGUGUGAGCUCUACUGGCCCCAGAAACAGAACGAGGAUUUUGUGUGCGAACCUUUUAGAGUGUAUUGUGACUCCGAGGAGAAUAAAGGAGACUAUCUGACGAGGACGUUAAGGCUGACUUAUCACAAUUCAAGCCGCAUUUUGAAGCAGCUGCACUAUAUGAACUGGCCAGAUCACGGCAUACCAGACACCAUCACCCCCAUCCUGGACAUGCUGCAUGAGAUGCGGGUCUAUCAGGCCCAUGAGGAUGUCCCGGUUUGCCUCCACUGCAGUGCUGGCUGUGGGAGGACAGGUGUUCUGAUGGUCAUCGAUUACACGUGGAACCUCCUCAGGAAUCAGAUGAUCACUUCUGAUUUCAGUAUCUACAACUUAGUUCAGGACAUGAGGACCCAGAGGCCUUCAGUGGUCCAAACCAAGGAACAGUAUCUGCUGGUCUACAGAACUAUCAAGGAACUUUUUCGGAGGUACCUGGACUCAAUGGAGACCCAAAACAGCCCACGAGAGGUGCCAACGGCUGAAAAUGGGCUCUCUGACCAAAGUCAGGAGUUUGAUUUAAACUCUGAGCAACAGCGUGAGAAGGAAAGUGCCUUUCUACUGCGUUACCACACUCCCUUGGCCCCUGCCUCAGAAGACUUUUUUACCUUUGGAGUUGAAGACAUGCGGUGGGGUCAGCAACAGUAUCAGACCCUUCCAGAUGUGCAGCAGAACCGGUAUGAAGGACCAAACACCAGCCAAACAGCAUCUACAGAGGUUGAGAGCGCUCCAGAGACCUGUGACUUUCCAGUCCAGAACUUCUCUCCCAAAGAUACCAUGGUGGACCCAAAGACGGUUUGUCUGAUGGUGGAGGACCCUUAUUUUGACACUCAGACGAGCUCCCCAUCAUCAGAAGAAGCACCAGCCGAUGAGUCCAACUGGACCCAGAGUCCCAUCUUCAGUGCGCCCGUGUUGCUGCUGAAUGACCAGACCAUGGGACCGGGUUCUCCUGUCUCAGUUCUGCCUGAUGAUGAAGUGCCUCCUCCAUUACCUGAACGGACACCUGAAUCCUUCGUCCUGGCUGUAGAUACAGGUCCAUGUGAAAGGCCAGUCAUGAUCUUUCCACCCAAAGCUGAUGCUACUGAGGAUGUAAGUGAAGGGGGCCCACCAUCACCUGCACCCCCGCUUCCGGAGAGAACCCCAGAAUCGUUUGAGUUAGCUGCUGAUCCAACUCCUGUAGUGAAGCAGCAAGUGGUCCCACUCGCAGUAAACCUGAGCAUUGUUGGAACAUCUUCAGAAUGGUCUGGAAACUCAGCGCCAGAAGCCAACACAAUGAACGAGUCAUCUUUUAUGAGAAGCAAAAGUGUGAGAGCAAAAAUGACUUUUUCAGGUGAGGCCAGUCUGGCACAGCCGAUUCGGGACAGAACCACAGAACCCUUCGUCCCCACUACAGAUGACAAAAUUGUGUUUGAUUCCUUAGAUCAUGAGAAACGAUUGAUGCGCCCACAAUCUGUAGGAGCAACACCUCUACUGAGGGUGGGACUGUCGUCUGAGUGGGACGGCACCUCUCAGUCAAAGAACAUCCUUGAUGUUGUCAUGAACCGGAGCAAGAGUGUUCGAGCUAAAAGCUCUAAAGAAGAGCCCCUCAGUGCCUCAAAGCAGCUCGCUCUCCUUCCUGAGGUCGCAGCUCAAGGAGGAAGUGCACAACGUGAUCUGAACCGCAAGUCCUCCCUGGACACUGAUAGAACAGGACGCAAAGCAGACAAAAGCAAUCAAAAGGGCAUGUCUCGAGCUAAGAGUCUGAAAUUUUUCAGAAGCAGGCUGAGACCUGAUGUUCCUCCUCCACCCCCACCUGCUGAAGCCAGAGCUAAAUCUCCAUCGCCCGCCACCUCGUCCGCUGUGUUUAAACUAGGAUUUGGGAACCGCUUUGGAAAGCCAAAAGGCCCCAGGACGUAUCCAGAGACCUGGUUAUGAAGCAGCUCUUGAAAACACCCUCAACAACAGACACAAUGACUUGUUUGACUGUUCACUGAUUGGGAAAAGAAGCAGGUUUAUUACAAAUUUAAGUUACAUCAUGACAGAGGAGAACAUAAAGGAGCUGCCUUGGUGUGAGCAAGUUUUAAAGAAGACCAGGGCAGCAGCGCCUCCAUCUGGACACACACAGGAAGUGCCCACUCUGUACAAUUUGUGUGGUAAAGCAGAUUUGAGUUACUGACCGGUGGACUCAGAAGCAAGACUCGUUUAAAUGCUCAAGAAUAAAGUGCUUGUAGGA